UGUAUAGGAGAAUAUUCAUUAAUUGUAAACACAGCUGCAGAGACUGCGACUUUCCAAACCCAGGAUACUUACGAAAUCACUCCUCUUAUGAGACCUCUUUAUAUUUUUUUCUUUGUUUCUGUAGAUCUUGCACACAGGGUACAAUGAGAAGGCUGCUGUUUGCAAACCAAGAAGAGUUCUCAGCAGAACCUGACCACGCUGGCACGCUGAUCUUGGACUUCCAGCCUGCAGAAUAAUUUCUGUGUUUCAGCCACCCAGUCUGUGGUAUUUUAUUAUGGCAGCCCAAGCUGAUUAAGACAGAUUUUGAAACCAAGAGGUGGGUUGCUCCUGUAACAGAUACCUAAAAAUGUGGAAGUGUCUUUGAAAUUGGGUAAUGGGUAGAGGCUGGAAGAGUUUUGAGGUGCAUGCAAGAAAUAUGGCCUUAAAGGUAUUUCUGGUGAGGUGUUAGAAAUGAGAACCUGUUAUUGGAAACUGGAGGAAAGAUGAUUCUUGUUAUAAAGUGUCACAAAACUUGGCUGAACCACUUUCUAACGUUUUGUGGAAAGUAGAACUUGAGAGUGAUUGGAUAUAGAGGUGAGGAGAUUUCUAAACAAGUGGUUGAAAGAACAGUUUGAUUCCUCACGACUGCUUAUAUGAAAGGAGAGAUGAAUAGAAGGAGGAACGAAUAAGUAAAAAAGAAACCAGAACUUGAAGAUUUGGAAAUUUUGGGGCCUAACCAUAUUGCAGAAAAAUGAGAGAGCAUGUUCUGAAGUGAGCACCAAGAGUGUGACUGGACUACCACUAAAUAGUUUAUGGGGUUGUAUGACCAAAAAUACUGCCAGUUUCAGCAAAAGGGGUCAGAGACAAAAUGAAAUGAACUAAGACUAUUAGACUUCUUAGAUUUGACAUGUGUUUAAGAAGAGGGGAAAAUUAUCCCAAAAGUGAUUUAGAGAUUGUCAGGGCUACUUCCUUGGUUUCAACAAACUAAAAACUGGAAGUUUUGGGGCUGGUACUGCCCUGCAGAGCCUUGGGGGUGAAACCCCCACCCAGAGCUGUUUGGGUGAUUAUUAUUACCCUGGAGUCCUGGAGGGCAGAGUAUGAAACCAAAGAGGAUUCUUUCCCAGCCUUAGAAUCUAAUGGAAUUUGCCCGGCUAGGUUUUGGACUACUUUGGAGCCUGUCACCCCUUCCUUCUUUCCUGUUUCUCCCUUCUGGAAUAAGUGUCCAUUCUGGGGCUGUCCCACCAUUUUAUUUUGGAAGCACAUAAAUUAUCUGAUUUCACAGGUUCACAGCUGGAGAGGGAUUUUGCCUCAUGAUGAGGUGUACCUCGAAUCUCACCUAUCGCUGAUUUAGAUGGUAGUUAGAUAAACUUUGGACUUUAGAUUUGAUGCUGGAAUUUGUUAAGACUGUUGGGAUGGGCUGCAUGUAUUUUGCAUGUAAGAAGAACAUGAAUUUGGGAGACUGGGUGGAAUGUUAAGGAAUAAAUAUAUGUGUCCCCUCAAAAUUCAUAUGUUGAAGCCCUAACCCCCAUGUGAUGGUAUUUGGAGAUGGGGGUCUUUGAGAGGUAGGUGGGUCAUCAACGUGGUCCUAUUCUAAUGGGAUUGGUGCCCUUAUAAGAAGAGAGACCAGAGAGCUUGAUCUCUCUCUUUCUCACCAUAUGAGGUUGCAGUGAGAGAAGUUGGCUGUCUGCUAAGCCAGAAGAGCAUUCUCACCAGAACCCAACCGUGGUGGCACUCUGAUCUUCCUGCCUUUAGGCUUAUGAGAAAUAAAUUUCUGUUGUUUAAGCUACUUGCUCUGUGGUAUGUUGUUAUGGCAGCCUAAAAUAAGACAAAACAUUUAAAAAUAUUUAGCCAGUUUUUGUACUGAAACUGACCUAUUCUUAGGGGGCCAUUUGCUAUUCCUUAAAUCUUAAUCUCUUCUAAUUGUGCUACAUUUAUGGACCAGAGGACACCAUAAUAUCGUUGUUAUUCACCUAAUCAUAUAUGUAAGGGGAGAAUUCGUUUAUGGGAAAUUCAUUUAUGAUGGGUUUGUUAGUACCACUACCAUUUACUAGCCGUAAAAUAUACUAAAGUUAAAUACUUGGCUUUGAAAAGUCAGCAGUAAAUUUGAAUUUCUAUGUAUACAUAUGUACCUUCAUCCCCUUCCGAAAGAGUUAGGUUUAUACGAUUAUUUUCAGAAUUUAUAUUCUUGAGUUACUAUCUCACUGUGCUAUUUUUGAAAUCAGAAAUUAUAUACCUGCUAUAAUACAUCGUUGCAUUUAAAAUGAUACCCUAGGUUCUUUAAUUUUUUUAAAAAAAUCUAUUAAUUUAUAAUUUGGUUACCUUGACUUUCUGCAUUAUUAAUUUCUAAAUGAAAGAGCAUAAAUGUUUUUACUGCAUUCUAGUUGGAUUUAAUAUACAGUUUUAAUGUUUACAGUUUGAUCAUUACAAAGAGGUUUUGUUUUUUUUUCAACUAAAAGGAGAAGACAAAAUCAGGCCCAAAUCAAUUUUUAUAGAAAAAGUUGACAUGUUUGUGCAGAACAAUUACCUCCCACUUACGAUAAACUGUAUGUUGGCUAAUUGAAUUUAAAUUUUAAAAAAAGAAAUUUGGUCAACAAAAUAAGAAGAUGAUCUUUAUAUAGUAGGUAUAAUACUGUAAAUCAAUAAUGUAUGACAUGUGUGCACUGUUCAAGUUUGGACAGUUGUCAAAUAUAUCAAAUUGUGUCUUAAUUUCAGAGAAUGUAAAAGUUGAAGAGACAAGCCUCACAGUAUAAUAAUAUUUUCCCUUUCCCCAUUCUUUAUUUUACCCAGUACACUUGUGUAUUAAUAAUUUUAAAUGACUUUUUCUGUGCAUUUUUAUUAAAGACAAGCGUUAAACCUGUAGUGCUUAGUUCAUAGACUCUCAGGAAUUGUUUCAAUGAAUGAUGCAUAUUUAUAUCAUCUUAGCCACUAUAAACAUCUUUCUGGGCAUGUGGAUCUUAGUAUACAGAAUUUGAAAUGUUUUUAUGGUUGUUAGAUUCAAACAAAGUUUUUUUCUUGAGGGUUUAGAUAUUUUGCCCUAGAAAAAUCAUGUUACAUUAUCAGAAAUAGAAUUUAAACAUAUUUUCCAUAUAAAAGACUUAACCACAAUAAUCAUAUUAUUUGAGUCUGAGUCAUACAGGAAAGUGAUCACAAUGUUUGGCUGCUUAAAUUACAUAUGCUUGUAUUUGUGUAUGAUAUUCUUCUAUAUAAUAGAUUUUCUGUGUCAUUGCUUAAGAACAAAGAGAUUUGGGGAGAUUAAAUGGAAUUUGGGUAAAAUAUUUCCUGACUAUACAUUAUUUUUACACAAAUUAUACUAUCCUUGAAUAUAUUAGAGGAAUGUUGUCUUUAACAAGAAAAAUAACUACAGAGCUACGUGUUUUCCUUGACCUUCCUGCAGUUUAUUAUGUGUGGUUUGAUUUUCCUUUUUGGUACUUGAGUAUUUUCUUCCCAGAAUGAAAUGUAUUUUAAAACUACAUUACAAAAAGUAUUGUCCUCUAAUUUAGCAUCACAUUGUUAAUCUUGAAUUCAUUAAUUCUCUGCUUAUAAAAAUUUGAAGGACGUACAUUAUGAGACAGAGUGCAUUAGCUGACAUAGUCCUGAUAUCUGUGUGAGCAAACACAUCAUUAUUAUAUCCAUAGUUGCUAUACAUUUGCUUCAGGGCUGUUAACAUACACUUAAGUGGGUAAUUAUUACAUAAGGUGCCUUCUCCUUGACUUUGAUUCCUAGCAGCUCAGGUAUUCAAGUAUAAUUAUGCUGUAAGUUUUGAGAAUUAGUUUUCUCUUUUGCAAGUUAUCUUUGGAACAUAAGUAUUAGGACAUUAUUGGUUUCCAGACAGUGUUUGGUCAGCUUUAUUCCAAAAAAAUUAGUAAUAUAGUGCUUAUUCUUCUAUGCUUGAAGUUUUUAUUAAAUUAUUUAAAACCAUAUAAUAGUAUAUUUAACUGGUAAGCGCUAUACCAAGAACCAAUUUCUCCGCUUUAUAGAAGCAAUCUCUGAUUUAUGAGAUUGUAUUUUACAAGUUUGUAUUUUCAAAUCCAUACCACUAUUUAUAUAAAAUAAAAACAAUAUUAUAAAUGCUAGUUAAGUUCCCAGGCUAACCCACAGAGACACAUUCAUAACCAAAUGUUGCUGACUUCUGAUAUUAAUUAUACUGACUUCAAAUUCUGGGACCUGGGGUUAAGACAGUAUGGGGGGAGUGGGGGAAUGAAGGAGGAGAACAAGAAGAGCUUUCUUUGCUAGCUACUACUGGUAAGAACGUCAAUAAGGCUUUGGUUUUCCCAGUUACUUACAAUUUUAAAUUAGAAAAUUUUAAACUCUCAAGAAUCAUUAGUAGAAUUUCAGCCAAUGUAGUUUAGAUAAUUCAGGGUGUAAUAUUUUUACUCUGGGCUCAGUUCAGUUUUACAAGUCCCUAAAUUCAAUUUUUUUCAGUAAACUACUUUUAAUUACUUCUUCCUUUUCACAUUUGAAUCCACAUAUUUUCUUAGUGCUUAUCUCAUACACAGUUGAGUAGGGGUAGUUGCUGAUAAGGGGAAAGGGCAAUAGUCACAAUUUAUAAAUGUUGAUCUUUUGCAGUUUGGGACUAGGAUCUUUUUGUAAGUGUUCUUUGUUUCAGGGAGUGGGUUACAUGCAUGGUUUUGUUUUUCCUGGGAAGAUCCUCUUCUGUAUAUUAUUUGGUAUGAUUUAAAUGUUUCCUUUUUCUUAUAGGUUUACGGUAAAUAUACCAGCUCUAGAACAAAUGAAUCAGAUUUUACACAUCUUGUUUAUAUUUUUACCCUUUCUGUGGGCACUCGGAACUCUGCCCCCACCUGAUGCUCUUUUCUUAUGGGCAAUGGAGCAGGUUUUAGAGUUUGGCCUUGGAGGCUCAUCUAUGUCAACACAACUACGGUUAUUAAUAAUGUUCAUCAUCUCUGCUGGAACAGCUGUAACAUCGUAUUUCAUUCCCAGCACUGUUGGUGUGGUUCUUUUCAUGACUGGACUUGGGUUCUUACUGAGUCUUAACCUAAGUGACAUGGGUCUUGUCUUCAAACGCAGUGUGACUAGACACAGAGUUGGAACCAAUUCUAAGGCUUUACCCAGUGGUUCAGAGAAACCGUUUACUUGGAAGGAAUACCUUUUCUACAUCAUCAUAUUAGUCUUGGCUCUCAUAGAAACUAGUUUGCUGCAUCAUUUUGCUGGUUUCUCACAGAUUUCCAAAAACAGUCCUCAGGCUAUUGUUGGCUAUGUUUUAAUGAUAUUGCUUAUAAUACUGUGGAUACUUAGAGAAAUUCAAAGUGUCUGUAUCUUUGGAAUUUUCCGAAACCCUUUCUAUCCAAAGGAUGUGCAGACUAUGACUUUAUUCUUAGAGAAGCAAACAAGACUUGUGAAGAUUGGUGUUGUCAGACGGAUUUUGCUAAAUCUAGUGUCACCCUUUGCUAUGAUAGCAUUUCUUUCAUUGGACAGUUCCUUACAAGGACUCCACUCUCUGUCUGUCUCCAUUGGAUUCACGAGAGCAUUUAGAAUGGUAUGGCAGAAUACAGAAAAUGCUUUAUUGGAGACAGUCAUUGUAUCAGUAGUACACUUGUUGGUCUCCAGUACAGAUGUAUGGUGGAACAGAAGCCUGGAUACAGGAAUCAGACUCUUACUGGUUGGUAUCAUGCGUGAUCGUCUGAUUCAGUUCAUCUCUAAACUGCAGUUUGCUAUGACUGUACUUUUGGCAUCGUGGACUGAGAAAAAACGUCGAAAGUCAACCACCACUUUAUGCAUACUCAACAUUGUCUUCUCUCCAUUCGUGUUGGUCUUCAUCGUUUUCUCUGCACUCCUCUCCUCUCCCUUACUCCCCCUCUUCACCCUUCCUUUGUUCUUGGUGGGCUUUCCCCGACCUGUUCAGAUUUGGCCAGGAGCAGUGGGCACCGCGGCCUGCGUGUGUGCAGACACAGUGUACUACCACCAGAUGGUCCCAAGUCUGACCACUGCACUGCAGGCUGCAAUGGCCACUGGAAGUUUAGGUCUCCUCUUACCUGGGUCUCAUUACUUGGGCCGUUUUCAGGAUCGUUUAAUAUGGAUAAUGAUUCUAGAAUGUGGUUAUACUUACUGCUGUAUUAACAUUAAGGGGUUAGAAUUGCAAGAGACAUCCUGUCAUACUGCUGAAGCUCAAAGAGUUGAUGAAGUUUUUCAAAGCGCCUUUGAACAAGAAUAUUCGAGAAUAUGUUCUAUUAACGAACACUUUGGAAAUGUCUUGACACCCUGUACUGUUUUACCAGUAAAACUCUAUUCUGAUGCCAGGAAUGUUCUAUCUGGCAUAAUCGAUUCUCAUGAUAAUUUAAAAGAAUUUAAAGGUGACCUUAUUAAAGUACUUGUGUGGAUACUUGUUCAGUACUGUUCCAGAAGACCCAACAUUCAGGAGGUUCACAGAACUGAAAAUAAAGGGAAAGCAUCUCUAAUAAUUCUGCCUGCUUUGAAUGCUUCACCACAAAGCCAAUCCCCAGAAGACACAGAUAGUUUAAAUUCAGAAAUUUUGGGUGACUGGUCUGAUGAUAAUGUUUUUGGUGAUGAGCCAACUAUCCAAAAAGGAAAAGAAGGAAAAGAUCAAUUAAAAGUUGUAUCAGGUAUAAAUUUGCCUAUUCCAGGAUCAGUAGAAUCACAGGGGCUUGGUGAUCAUUCUAUAGGCACAGUUCCUGAUAACAGUCUUUACAAGUCAGUUAUAUUGGGUUACCCUGUUGUUGAUAAAGGAAAACAAAAAGAUGUGACAUAUAUCCCUCUCGCGGAAUUCAGUUGUUCUCAUUCUCACUUGUUAAGCUUACCUGAAGAGUGGACAUCUAACUGUUUGCCUAAUUCCAAAAUGAGGGAGAUGAGCUCAUUAUUUCCAGAAGAGUGGUACCGGUUUGUUUUAAGGCAGUUGGAAUGUUUUCAUACAGAAGAAAAUGCCUCAAAUGUACUGGAAGAAAUUGCAAAGGACAGAGUUUUAAAAGACUUUUAUGUUCAUGCAGUAAUGACUUGUUAUUUUAGUUUAUUUGGAGUAGACAAUAUGGUUCCCAGUCCUGGUCAUAUAUUGAGAGUUUACAAUGGUGUUUUGCCUUGGUCUCUUGCCUUGGAUUGGCUCACAGAAAAGCCAGAACUGUUCCAACUAGCACUGAAAGCUUUCAGAUACACUCUGAAACUAAUGAUUGAUAAAGCAAGUUUAGGUCCAAUAGAAGACUUUAAAGAGCUGACUAACUGCCUUGAAGAAUAUGAAACUGACUGGUAUAUUGGUUUGGUGUCCGAUGAAAAGUGGAAGGAAGCAAUUUUACAAGAAAAACCAUACUUGUUUUCUCUGGGAUAUGACCCUAAUAUGGGAGUUUACACUGGCAGAGUACUUACCCUUCAAGAAUUGUUGAUCCAAGUUGGGAAGUUAAAUGCUGAAGCCGUUAGAGGUCAGUGGGCCAAUCUGUCAUGGGAAUUGCUUUAUGCCACAAACGAUGAUGAGGAACGAUAUAGUAUACAAGCACAUCCACUACUGUUAAGAAACCUUACGGUACAAGCAGCUGAUCCUCCCCUGGGAUAUCCAAUUUAUUCUUCAAAACCUCUUCACAUACAUUUGUAUUAGAGCCCAUUUGACUUGUGAGUGUGUUGUCAUCAAAUGAGAUGUUUUUAUUUUCUCAUUCUAGAAAAGUAAUGUGAUUCCUCAUAACUUCACUGGACUUCUCUCUCUCCUCCUACAAGUCAGAUAUCUGAGAAAAGCUAAGCUCUGUAAAGUUGAUUCUAUCAGCUAUCUUAAUGUUUAAAAAACAAACUUUGUCUAACAUAAGAGUUAGAAAUAGUUGGCCAAUAUUUGUGCCCUAUGGAUUGUGGUAGGCUUUAGCAAAUAUAAAAUAUUUGUAUAAGAUUAGGUAAUGGAUUUAUUAAUGCUUUCUUAAAUAUGUCAUAGGUGGCUUGCCUUGCAGAAGUCAACAACUAUAAUUUUUACAUACCUAGAAGAUAUACACACAUAUCAGUGUUAUGUAAUGAUAAUGGAUCCUAUUGAAGGUUGCAUAAUGUAUAUUUAUUUAUUUGAAAUAUUAAAUUUUAUAGUAUUUUCAAACUUUGUGCUGUUUUAACAUUAAUAUAGCCUGAGUGUUUUCAUAUAAUCUAUUCAUUUUCUUUACAUAUACUUCAAUUCAGAAACCUUAAAAACUUUAAUAAAACCUCUUCCAAUAAAAU